AUGGCCACCGUGUACGAAGCCACCGCCUCUGCCCCCGUCAACAUCGCCGUCAUCAAAUACUGGGGCAAGCGCGACACCAAGCUCAUCCUGCCCACCAACUCCUCUCUCUCCGUCACCCUUGACCAGGACCACCUGCGUUCCACCACCACCUCCCGCGCUGACCCCUCCUUCACCGAGGAUCGUCUCUGGCUCAAUGGCAAGGUCGAUGAGAUCACCCCCGGCAGCCGCCUCGCCACAUGCAUCGCAGAGAUGAAGCGUCUGCGCAAAGAGACCGUCGAAGACAAAGACCCCAACGCGCCUAAACUCUCAACGUACAAAGUCCACAUCGCAUCAUACAACAACUUCCCCACCGCCGCAGGCCUCGCAUCCUCCGCAUCCGGCUUCGCCGCCCUCGUCGCCUCCCUCGCCCAGCUCUACGCCCUCCCCGCGUCCCCCUCCACCCUCUCCCUCAUCGCCCGCCAAGGCUCCGGCUCCGCAUGCCGCUCCCUCUUCGGCGGCUUCGUCGCAUGGGAAAUGGGCGCCCUGCCCUCGGGCGAAGACUCCCUCGCCGUCGAGAUCGCGCCCCGCGAGCACUGGCCGCAGAUGCACGCCCUCAUCUGCGUCGUCUCCGACGACAAAAAGGGGACCUCCUCAACGUCCGGCAUGCAGCGCACCGUCGACACCUCGCCCUUACUCCAACACCGCAUCGCACACGUCGUGCCACAGCGCAUGGCAGCGAUCUCCGACGCCAUCCGCGCGCGGGACUUUGACACCUUCGCCCGGAUCACCAUGGCGGACUCGAACCAGUUCCACGCGGUCGCGCUCGACACCGAGCCGCCGAUCUUCUACAUGAACGACGUGUCCCGCGCGAUCAUCGCGCUGAUCGUCGAGUACAACCGCCUGGCGCUCGCACAGGGGAAGGGGUACAAGGCGGCGUACACGUACGACGCGGGCCCGAACGCGGUGAUCUAUGCGCUCGAGGAGAAUAUCAAGGAGAUCGCGCAGCUCGUGACGGCGUAUUUCCCGCAGCGCGCGGGGGAGUUUAAGGAUGUGUUGGGACUUUACGGGGACGCUGCGAAGGAUAUCAAUUCGGAGGCCAAGGUCCCGGAGGGGUUCAAUGAGGCUGUGGCGAAGCGCUUUGAGGUGGGCGCUGUAAAGGGCCUUAUUCAUACCCGUGUGGGCGAUGGACCGCGCAGGCUCCCUGCUUCCGAGAGUCUCCUCGCGCCGAGUGGGUUGCCUAAAACACUUGCUUAA